UGCCCCCUCCUCUGCCAUUGUCAAAACCUUCUCACUCUUGAGCUCAAAACUAAAUUCUGAAUCACCAACAAAAUUAAGCGAAGCCAUGGGGAACUGCUUAGUUCUACUACAAGAAGACGUGGUAAGGGUGAUGAAAAGUGAUGGUAAAAUCCUCGAAUACAAAGCACCGAUCAAAGUUGACAAAGUUAUGAAGCAGUUUCCAGGCCAAGCAAUAUCUGAGUCACUACCACUCCGGCACCAUCUUCACCCCAACACAAGACUUCUCCAAGGUCAGUUAUAUUACCUAGUGCCUCUGCCAGCACCAAAAGUUGCCAAGAAGAGAGAGAGGUUAGUUGAACGUCAACAAGUGGAAGAAGGUGACGUCGUUAGGGUUAAGCUUGUUCUUAGUAAGCAAGAGCUGAAGGAUAUGCUGCGAAAAGGAGGGGUUUCUGUUAAUGAGGUCUUGGCUUUAGCUCAAGGUGUAGAUGUGUGUAGAAAAGAUAACGAUGGUUCUCCACCGUGGAAACCAGCGUUAGAAACCAUACUAGAAUAAAACUAGAUUUAGAAUGCAACAUGUUUGGAUAUGAAGUUAAAAAGGUUUUUUGAGAGAUUCUUUAAUGAAAAUAAAGAUUUCUUUUAGUAAAGAAACUCUCAAAGUAUUACUAACUUAUAUCUAGACAAACUCAUGCAUGUCUUUUUUAAGAGUCCUUUUUAGUAGUUUUUUCUGACUCUGCUUUUAGUUUACUUUGUUACAAACUUACGAUAUGUUAACUACAGUUAUAGUUUUAGAUUUUUAAUUUGGGAUUAUGGUUGCAGUUUCUCACAAGUUAUUAAAAUUACAUGAGUAUAUGAAGAUGAUGCAAUUUUUAACACGGUUAGGAGUGGAGGGAGGGGACCUGUAGGACUAUAAUUCUCCUCAUUUUUUUAAAAAUGUAUUAAAAUUAUUUUAAUUUUUUUCUCCUAAAAUUUAUAAAAAAAAAUAUAUUAUAGG